GGCAGCGGGGACAGCACCGGCCGGCUGGGGGUGUGCGCCAAACGUGACACGCAGCUGUGCUCUCAUAUUUAUACACCUCCGUUCACCUGUCCCGCUACUCCAUCUUCCUUUCAGGGUUUGUACUCAGCACGAGACCCCAGCGGCCCUGACCCGGCCGGUGCGUGUGGCGAGCCCGCGGGGCGGACAGCUGAUGGCGCGGAGGGCCGGGGGCGGCCGGCCGGGGCUCCUGCGGCCCCUCACGCUGCUGAAGCCCGCCCGGCCGCUCUGGCCCCCGUCACAGGCACCCCGCUGCAGGGCCGCAGGGAGGAGCGGGUGUCCCGGGGGUCUCCCGGGCGGUGCCCGGUGAGGCGCAGCCGCCGCGGGCUGUGACGAGGGGCAGCCCCGCUCCAGGCGCGCAGGGCCGGCCGGAGCCCGGCCCCUUUUGCCGGGGCCAGCUGCGGGCCUGGAGCGGCGGGCCGGGAUGAAGCAGGCGCUGGUGGACGACACCGAGGAUGUGUCCCUGGAUUUCGGGAGCGAGGAGGAGCUGGCGCUGCGGAAAGCGCGGAUCAGGCAUGGUGCUCUCAAACUGAGCAGAGGUUAUUGUAACAAGUACAUGGCAAUCACUGAGCCUGCAGGCUCCAGUUGUGCAUCACGUGGAUGUUUAGCUGCAACAGGAAAACAAGAAGGCCAAGCAAGUGGAUUCCUGUCCUUUCAGAAGCAAAUUUAUGCCAAGUUGAGCCAUGGCACCCACUGGCCACCUUUUUCCACCUGUUUUUCCGAAAGUGAAGCACUGAUGCACCUCCAGUAUUCUGAAAGCUUCUGGUUCAUCCAGAAUGUGACAGGAAGACUCUUGGUUGGUUUGCGUUGGUGGAACCAGAUUGAUGAAGAUGGAAAAAGUCACUGGGUGUUUGAAGCAAAAAGGGUGCCUACAGUAGCUGCCUCAACUGAAGCUGAAGCCCGAAUUUUCUGGCUCGGUCUCAUCAUCUGCCCAGUGAUUUGGACAAUGUUUUUCUUUAGCACCUUGUUCUCCUUGAAGCUGAAAUGGCUGGCUCUCGUGAUUGCUGGCAUCUCCCUCCAGACUGCUAAUUUAUAUGGCUACAUCCACUGCAAGUUAGGAGGACCAAAAACCAUCAGCAGAGUAACCUCAAGGUUGUUUGGCACCACAGAUGUUCCCAAGAGACAGAGCAGGAGAAUUGCAGAAGAUGGCACUGAAGAUCAUGGGAAGACAGGCACUAGGUAACCAAAUAAGGAAGAGCUAAAGGAUGAGCAGUAAAAAAAGUCAUUAAUGGUCAUUAAUGAAAGUUGUUGUUCUUCAUGGGAAGAUAUUUACAUAAAGCUCUUCUAGAAUUAUGCCUGCAUGAAAUAAAGUCAUUUGUGUUUGAGUCUUUAGAUCCUGGAAGGUUUAAAGCCUUUGUUACUUAAAAGCUUCACCAAAAAAUUGUUUGUGUGAGCACACAGUGCUCAUGGUUUACAAGGAGCACGCUGCUUUCAGCAAAGCUGUCAACUAACCUCAAACUGUUGGAUUAUCUUAACCAGAAAUUACAUGCAAUGAAUAUAUGAUGCUGAUUUGUUUAACUAUGGAACUACAAUAAACAAAACCAAACUGCC